GCCAUUCUUCGUGUUCCUUACUUAAAAUAUUUCCACUACUCUAUAAAAAGAGCAAAUCAUCCUCGUAUACGCAGACGGCCUGCCGGACCUCCCAUCAAGGUGGAUCAUAAUGAGCAGCGGGAUGUUGAUGAACCGCAAGUCACGGCGGACGUCGAUCUUUAUCUGAUUACUAUCGCAGCGCCCAGCCUCCUCCCGUGUGCCGCGGCUGCUGGAUGCCGGGCCUUCACUCUGCUUUCCCAACCUUGGUACCUAUAUUGCAGAACUCUUAUUGCCACCAACGUACUGGUCAAACGUUUUCCUCUAAGUGUGUGAAGCCAUAUCUGAGAGUCAUUCCGCUUACUAGUUUAACAAAGCUUGAUUUACUACAAGUCUCAUCAGGCCUCUCCCUCGUGAGUCAAUCGCUGUGUCACUCCUCUCCUCCAACACGGUUCUUGUUCCUCACUGUGUCUAUCCGUAGUUCCGUUCUAGCGACUCGUGUUCGCACUUAGCCCCUAACGCUGCUGUCUAAUCACCCCUAUACACCCUGUAGUGGACAGAGGGGAGAGGCAAGUGUAGGGGAGGAAAGCCCUUAAAUUCAUCCUAACUAGCGGACUCAUUUUAGUCAAGUAUAAUCUGAAAUAAGCCCUAGUUACGCCUUAAUUGGACACCGACACCUGGCCACCUUCGCAGCAGUCAUCCGUCAUAGAGAGACGUCGGCCAGUUUAGAGGGACAGUUGUUGAUGUCGCUCAUGAGUGAUAGACUUUCUGUAUCAGAUGGUGUCCCUUGCACCUGGGCAGCAUCGGUGCUCACCCAGCCAGGCGAACCACAUGUCCCCUGCCUUUAACUCAGGUGGAGUCAGGAACAAUAGACUAUGAUACCCACAAGCUAAGCUCUGAGUCUAAAACGACUGGCUAAUAUAUGGAGAGUUGGAGAGGCGGUGGUAACGGCAGCAGUCAGGCAGGUGUGCGAGUAGUAGACAGGUGUAGGGUAGACAACAACCCACCGUGGCGGGGGAGCACCGCGAGGGAGGUGCUAGGGGACUGCAGUAGUAGCAAAGUUGCAAUAACGUGGACCGCGACAGGGUGUCACCCGUGAUAAGAGUGAGGAUGGAAUGCAUGGGGCGAGUGGAGGAGGGUUGCCAAAGGGGAGGUGGUGAUGGCGGGUGGCCGGGCCCCGGGGGAGGUACGGGUGGGCGGUGCCAGUGCCGGGCGCGGGGCGGGGUGAUGCAGCCCUCCCCAGCCGGCGUCCCCCGCCUCACUGAGCGCUAGUGGAGGCGCCGCGGCCCCACUUCUGCCAAGGCGGCGUCCCCUCUUGCCAGCGUCCCGCCUGCACGUCGUCUGGCCGCCACACGCCACUAACUCGCCGCGCUGCUCACAGAUGUCGCGGGCGGCGCGCCCGGCUCGCUGCUGCGCAUCCCCGGCCCUCAUGCUCUUAUUUACGGUUUGUUUAUAGUCGUGCAUCGUCACAUGGGCGCUCGGUGGGGCCAGGCGCGCUCCGACUGCUCGUAAUUUAUCCGGACGGAGACGGUGGUCGGAGGCUCGGAGUGGGGUGCAGGGCUCGCGCAAGGUCCGCGGGUCGGGCCACCUCGUUGCGCCCGCUACCACUCUCAUUAUCUUGUUAACCUCCACUCAUGCGGCCAUUCCUAUUGGUCGCUGUCGGUCACGUGGUAGUAUUCCCAGCCCAUAAAUGGAGUAAUGUGCAAGUGCUAGAGGUUUUCCUUCGAGUAGUGUCGCCAUAAUUCAUCAACAUUGGGUGGAACAGUGGACACGAGGGCACUCCAGGAGCUAAUCACCUGCGGACUUCCGCGAUGAGCUCCUACCAGUUCGUGAACUCUAUGUCCGCCUGCUACGGACAGCAGCGCGGACAAGAUGGUAGUGUGGUGAACACAGACUACUACGGUACUUCACUGAGCAGUUACAACAAUUGCUAUUCACCUCCCCUGCAAUAUGGAAGUUAUACGCCUUCGGGAAUAUCAGUUGUUCCAAACGGGAGCGAGUUUUCCGCCGGCGGUAGUAGCGGCGCUACGGGAACUUCAGCGUCGACCGCGUCAGGGUCGUCAGUCGGGGCCCCGAGUGGCUCUGGCGGCAGCUCUACGCCAGGACCCUCCGUGCAGGGCCGCCUCCACCAGACCUCCAGCUCACCCGCCUCAACGCCGCAGGCAUCCAAUUCCUCCGCCUCCUGCAAGUUUGCCUCUACGCCAGAGUCCUCGGCCAACCCAGCUGGCUCCCCACAGGACUUGACCGUCUCGACUGGCGGCAGCGGGCCCGGCUCGAGUAGCUCCGGAAGCGGCUCCGAGCAAAACAGCUCUAGUCAGGGCGGCGGAGGCAACACCAGCAACUCCGGCGGAGGUGGUGAGGGGGCAGAAGGCGGUGAGAGUCUGGAAGGAGCCUCUGGGAGUUCUGGAAGCUCAUCAACAACCAAGACACAACCACAGAUCUACCCGUGGAUGAAGAGAGUACACCUCGGCCAGAACCAAAUACCGAAGAAGGAAGAUCGUAAGGGAAAUCAUGAAAACAUCGAACAAGGUACAGUGAACUCUAACGGGGAGACCAAGAGACAGAGGACUUCCUACACGCGGUACCAAACGCUCGAGCUGGAGAAGGAAUUCCACUUCAACCGCUACCUGACGCGGCGGCGGAGGAUAGAGAUCGCCCACGCCCUCUGCCUCACAGAGCGACAGAUCAAAAUAUGGUUCCAAAAUCGAAGGAUGAAGUGGAAGAAGGAACACAAGAUGGCGAGCAUGAACGCGGGAAUGGGUAUGCAUCCUCAGGCGUACCACCAGAUGCACCACCAGAUGAUGCACCCCCACCACCUGCACCCUCACCUAGCCGACUUUGAUACAAAAGGCUACUACUAGGGAUCCGCCUGGUCGUGGUAACUCAUAUGCUGAUAACGUAGCCAGCGAGAGUGAAUGGCUAUGUUGAUCGUAUGAGGUACUGCGACUAGGGUGUACCGGUGGACCUUCCCCCAGUCACUCACGGACCUGAUAAACGGACUACCCCACGGACUGCGCCACAACGUCGACUUCCGAGCACCCACCAGCACCCACGGCGAGGGGACUGCCACCAAGAUUCGAGGAAAACAUGCCCAUAUGAGGUAGCGAGAAGACUUGAUGCGCUAAAACACGGAACUCUGAUGAGUGGUUUUAAGAGUAUGUGGUGUGCGGUGUGAGAAUUUGUACUUAGGAAAAGUCAUCAAAGCAUGUGAUGACUUUAGAUUAUGAGAUCUGAACAAGAGUUAGUGAAUAAAAAUGAAAAAUGUAAUUUCCAUGUGAAAAUUAAAAUUGUGUAAACCCAAGGAAUCUGGUUAAACUCAGUGGCAUUGCAGAUGUGCAGAAAAUGUUUCAAAAAGAUGCAAAAUAUUAAUGAAAAUAUAAGUAUUACAUCAUCAAGAAACUUGAAAAAAGGAAUGAAAUGACUUUGAAACAUUCAAAUGUAUAAUACAAAAAUUCGUAGAAAAAUGAAGUAAAUUAGUAAAAUAGGUACAUCAUGAAAAGCGUCUUGUUAGGUGAGAGAGAUGUCUACAAAAGGUAGUGGAAAAAGCAGUUUGUUACAGUUAAUACUGAAACAAAUUAAUGUUUAAUUGACUUAUAAUAUACCACUGAUGAGUCAGUGAAAAUAAUGAAAUUAUAAUUGUUUCAUAUUUGUAUAUUUGCAUAAAUUAAAAAGGUGAGUUAUUAAAUAUACUUCCUGCCUGCUAUUUAAGCAACAUUUGGACGCCACGUCUUUUCAACUGAUAAACCUGUUCAUGAGUACCUCGGUGACAAAAACAAAGUGUGAGUUAAGUGAGAGAAGAAAACGCCACGAGCGAGGAAGCAAGUGAGGCAGCGUCGUCCUCCGCUUCGGGUGCUGAAGGGUUGUGAAGCUCUUCUCAAGGCUUCUUUUUUCAAUUAAUUUUAUAGCUCCUUUGUUGGAAGUGAAUUAUACUCACGUAGAGAGAACUUUCGCAGCGAACUCGGGAUAAGUGCACAAGUACGUCCCUCGCACGCCGGUGUGCGCGGAACCAGGUCACCUGAACCUGUUCGGAACAGCUUCGUCCUAACGUCCCCGGCUGAGUUGUGAUCCCGUGCCCGAGCGGCCCGUCAGUCUGCCAAAGCUCAGUGCGAUCCCUGAUAAGUUGUUAUAAUUCUUAAGUUAGGGAUAUUCUUUGUCUUUUAUUGUUAAGAUAAAAUUAUUUUAUUUGUUUCCUUUAACUCAUUGCCAAAAUGAUUCCCAGAUUGACUGUUAAUGAAAAUAUAGAUAAAAUAAUUUUAACUCGUAGGUCGAAUAACAAAAGUUAAACGGCUUACAAAUUUGUUCUGUAGGUCUCCUCUGAGACGUUCAUUAUAUGUGAUGCUAAAAUAUGUACAGGCAGUGUUUUACACCUCAUAAUAUAUAUUAUUAAUCUUUCCUCAAAGGUGAACCACAUUUCACUCUACAGACUACAUGAAGAGGUUAUUCCCCUAAGGACCGUCACAAACACCUCAAACGUCGCACAAGCUUUUACCGACAAGCAGAGAAAGUCUCUUUGAUGUCAGUGCAGACAACGACUGUCCUCGGCGAUAAGCAGCCAUACCCUUCAAACAUCAAUCUCUCCCAAUACCAACACAUAUUACUCCCAACUUUGCAAUACCCAUCAGUUAUAAUUUAUCACAGUGGCCACACACCCCAGGACAUCUGCCAGUGCUCCCCGGGCCAGACAACACCUCCCGCGAGUACGAGACACAUGUGUCGCCUGACAAUGUACCAAAUUAGUUCGGCCUUCAGUAGUGAGAGUCCACAAACAUUAAUUCCACGACAUCUCUGUUUCUUGACAUCCUUAUAUUAAGAAAAGUUACUUAUCCGCCCCCAGCACGGGGCGACCAGACCGUGUCCUGUAGGCGGUGAAUGUUUGAGCUGCUUGGCUAAGGUGAAUGCCGAAGUAUAUAUGAGCCUCAUUUUGUGCAAUGCUGUCCAUAUGGCUUUAUUAAAUGGUGUAAAAAGUUAUAGCGAUGAUACUGUAAUCAUGGCGGUAGAUUUGUUGCAUAGCGGUAAGAGGUCCAUCCCUCCCUCCAUAUCUUUAUCCUUGUUAUUCAUUCCCUGUUGCUUCUCCUCUUCUUCCUGCGCCUCCUCCAUCUCCUAGGUCUUCCUCAGCCUUACUUUUCACCUCCUUCCUCCUUCAUCUUUGCUUUCCCGUAUCUAUUACUAUGCAUUCCUUCAACUUUCGUAUUGACAAUGUCUCUAGUUACACUUUAUUCUGGUUACUUUCAGCCUCUCUCACUCCCGCUUCCCUGUCACUCAGCCUCCCGUCCCUCCCUUCCCGCCCCGUGUUUCCCGGCGUCUGGCUGGUUAACUUAAAAAAAAAAAAAACAUUUCAUAGAAGAUGCGAGAUUUUUACAACAUAGGAACCGACCGUAGUUUAUUUUUUUUUUUCCCGUUGAUAUAUUUUUUUGUGCCUCUAUAGCGUUAUUUCAGUUAGUUGUUCUUUUUUUCUGAUUUUAUAAAACAAAUGUGUUAUUCUACUCUUUUUUAUAUAAUUAACCAGAUUAACCAAAAAGAGGUCAUACUCUUAAAAAUAUCUAACAGUUAGCCAACUUACUUUUCCUCCCCUUGUCUCUUUCCUUCUAGUUUCUUAGUGUCUUCUUCGUUAUAUUGUUUCUUGGUGAUCUAAUCCGACUUCUUUAUAUAUAUAGGAGAACUACCCAUGUUGUAAUUAUUAUCCGCAAAACAGCUCCUUUUUUUAUUUACUACACAAUAAAAUAGGUUUGCGUUCUGGAAUACGCUUUUCAAAGUAUACGAUUAGUUUUAAGAGUUAAGCAAUAUCCCUGUAAAAAGUUGUCUACUGUAAAUUAACAAUGAUGAUAAAGAUACGGAUAAUGAUAAAAAUAAAAAUCUUUCUAAAGGCAUAGACCACAAUUCAUUGACAAAAAUAAACUGUGUCCAAUUAG